CGCAUGUUGGGGUGUUACAUUUUGGUAUCGGAGCACAUGGUUUUAAAAACAACCUCUAGAUCAUACAUAAGCGAUUUCCAAAAGCUCCACCACAUCUCUUGAGACCCAUCUACCCCGGGAAGAAUGAGUCAAGCAUCGACCCAUGAACAUGACAACACGCAACACGUUGGAUACGAGCACAUCGACGGCCAUACUAAAGAUUCUAGAUUCGCUCCUAAUCAGGACGCCGUACAGCUGAACAUUCCCCUGAAUGCGGGAAACAAUCAGAACAUUGGGAACAAGCCCGACUUUGUCAUGCGUGCCUUUAUGGAAAACUUCUUGCAGCAGAUGGCGAAUGCACCAAUGUUUCAGCCACUGCCUUCGCCACCACCCUGUCAGAUCACCUUCAAAAUCCUGAAGGACAAUGGAGCGGAGGAGUUCUUGGGGGACAGAAUCAGGAGGGGGAGAAGUGCCAGGAAGACUCUGGGCUGCAAUGGAUCCCACGCCCGUCCACUUGGACAUGGGGCGGUUCACGGGACCCCUGUGAACCGGUGGCCCGGCCAAUGGGAUGGGUCCCACUGCCUUGGGGAUGGAAACCCAGAGAGCCGGUGGGCUGGGAUGGCCGUUCUUGAGGAGAAGACAGGUCUCCUCAAGGGCCAGAGUGCGAGGAGGAAAAGUGUGGGAAGGGAACUUGUCUUCCUUCUUUCUCCACACGUUAGGAAAAGGGAGAUCCUCCGGAGCCAUGACCACGAAGAAACGGCGAAACGAAUCAUCGAUUUUGUCGACCGGGCUCUCCAAGAAUUGCAUGUCCGUCCAGGCCGUGAAGCUCACAAAGCCCCUGCCCGCUUCACGAUCGUAUUUGUGGGGGCGGAAAAAAGAGAGGAAAAGCUCCAAGCUAGGCUGGAUGCCCUUCUUAUGGCAUCGGGCAAGGAAGCAAUAGAUGGACUCGUGAGAGUUGGAGGAGAUUUGACUGGGAGGAAUAGAAUACCGGUUGCAAAUCUCCACCAAGAAAGGGUGGAUGGGAAAGCGCCAUCCCAUCUUGACGGAGUCGUAGUGGACGAUCAAGCGAAAAGGUGUAUUGUGGUUGAAUUCCAAGGUGGUCCCGUCGGCGGGACAAACUUGAUAGUCGAGGGGAAUCAGUGCCCUCAUCUCCCUCAUUUGAGCGUCGGUGAUGGAGGAGACACUUUCAUCCUCCGACUUCUUGCCACCGUUGAAGAAUUUGGAAGCCUUGGUGAUGGCUUUCUUCAUUUUGCAGAGAGUGAGGAGAAGGAUGGAAGAAGGCCGAAAUAGGGAAAGAUUAAAGAUGAAAGCAAAAG